AUGUUCAAAGGAAAUAGAAGAGGUAAUUUCAAUACUGCAACACCAUUAAACACUCCUAUCGUCAUACAUACCACAGAUCAACCCAAACAUGUCAGCAAAGAAGAAGUGUUAAGUUUCUUAAACAAUUUCAUCACAGAAAAGGAAUCACUCAUACAAAACAAUGCCCUACCAUUAGGUGAUGCCGCUGUCACAACCACCAGUACUGAUGGAAUCGCGUCAGGUGAUGCUAUGAUUAGCAUUGAUACUACUUUGUCCAGUUCUUUAUCUCAAUUGAAAAGAUUACAAAGGGAUUUCAAAGGUUUACCCCCUUCUAACCUAAUAGAAAACACUACUACGCCUUCUCUUCAGGAAGAAUCAACAACAACAACAACAACAAAGCAUACAUCCGUUACUAAAAGUGCUACUGGCGGUACCAAAAAGACAUUCGGUGAUGACGAUGAAGAAAGUGAUAAAGUUGACGAUGAAGAAAGUGAUAAAGUUGACGAUGAAGAAUAA